UCAGGUUCUUCUUCGAGUUAUCAAAUUUGUUGGGGUUUGGGGCUUUUUGUUUGUUAAACAGAGAUGACUGUUGAAUUGAUGAUGGUAUACGGUGGUGCUGGCGAUGGUGACUCUGCCGGGAAAAUGGUGGAAACUGCCUUGAAAGAAGCUACAAAUUCUGGGAUUCAAGGUGUUGAAGAAUUGAUAAAUAUGAUGUCUAAAAGUCAGCAGCUUUUCGAUCAAGAUGUUCCUUUGAAAACCUUUUCUCCUUCAGAGUCGGCCAUGGAUAUCCAAGCUGUUACAGAUAAGACUGUUAACUCUUUCAGAGAGGUUAUUUCAUUACUGGGUCGACCGAGAAUCGGCCAUGCUCGAUUUAGACGAGCCCCUGUUGCUCACCAAAAACAAGAUUCACAACAAGCUGUAUACAAGAUUCAAGAGUCUGGGUCUCAUUUUCAAGUAACCAAAUAUCAAGAGUCGGCUUUCAAGCCUUUUUGUUCGACCCCAAGCUGUAGUUUGCCUCCUUUGCCUCCAAAUCGCCCCCAUCACAAAAGCAGUGCUCAUUUGAGAGCAAAGACUGGUGCUCAUUUGAGCCCCUGCUGUUUGAAAAGGAAGGGUAAUUCAUUGGAUGCUGCUGCUCUUAACUGUGGUUCAUCCUCUGGCCGUUGCCAUUGCUCCAAGAAAAUGAAAUCAGGAGUGAAGAAGGUCAUCAGAGUUGCUGCGAUUAGCAACAAGAUAGCCGAUAUACCUGUCAAGGGUUCCCCUCAUCCAAGGGACUAUUACAAGUGCAGCAGCGUCAGAGGUUGUCCUGCAAGGAAACAUGUAGAGAGAGCUCUAGAUGAUCCAACGAUGCUGAUUGUAACAUAUGAAGCAGAUCACAAUCAUAGCCACAACAUCAACGAUGUGUCACCAGCCUUGAUCCUCGAAUCAUCUUAGGUCCCCACCACUCAUGCAACCGGCCAUGGAAAAUAUAAUC